UGACAAAAUGGAACACACCAGCAGUUGUGAGGAGACCUGAAAGUGGCACAUGGCAGAAGUGUGUGGCGAUGGAGACAGCAGCAAUGGGAGGCCCGUACAGGGACCCAUGAGACACUGCUGGACCUGGCAGCAGCAUGAGGAGGCGGUACGGGGGGCCAUGGCAGAUUACGGGCCUGGCAGCAGCAAUGGGAGGCCCGUAGGAUCUGCCAGCAUCCCUAUGACAAAAUGGACAGCAUCCAGCAGUGUGAGGAGACCUGAAAGUGGCACAUGGCAGAGUGUGGAAAAUGGAGACCAGCAGCAAUGGGGAGGCCGUACAGGGAACCCAUGAGACACUGUGGACCUGGCACGCAGCAUGA